CUUCUUCUUUUUUUUUUUUUUUUAUGGGGGUGGGUGGUGCUUGUUAUAUGCUUACCUUUUUCUUUUCUUUUUUCAUUUUUACAAUUUUCCUUUUUUCUCCUCACCCCUCAAUACCUAGGGGCUUGAGUGAGUUUAAGAUUGGGUUUUCUUGGAAAUCAACUGUCCAUCACUAAUUUUAAACAAUUUCCCCACCUCCAAAGAAUCUAUUCCUUAUUACAAUUUGGAAUGUGGUUAAUGAAAAACAAGUAGGGAGGAUUUCUGGGGCAAACACUGCUGGAUCAGGAUCGUAGUUCUCAAGCACGGAAUGGCUAGCGUGAGGAACACCAAAGGCAGGACCAUCUCAGAUCUUCAUUAUGGCAACUCAUGCAAGAAGCUGUUGAAUUAGAACCAUUUCCUAUAGAUGAGAAACCAUACAAGCAGUGGUAUUUAUGAGCCUCCAUUUAUUGUACUACUGCAGUGAACCAACCUUGGAUGUGAAAAUUGCCUUUUGUCAGGUGUGUGUUCCUUACAGGUAAAACAAGGGAUUCGAUAAACAAGUGGAUGUGUCAUAUAUUGCCAAACAUUACAACAUGAGCAAAAGCAAAGUUGACAACCAAUUCUACAGUGUGGAAGUGGGAGACUCAACCUUCACAGUUCUCAAGCGCUACCAGAAUUUAAAGCCUAUUGGCUCUGGGGCUCAGGGAAUAGUUUGUGCUGCGUAUGAUGCCGUUCUUGACAGAAAUGUGGCCAUUAAGAAGCUCAGCAGACCCUUUCAGAACCAAACGCAUGCCAAGAGAGCUUACCGGGAGCUAGUCCUCAUGAAGUGUGUGAACCAUAAAAACAUUAUUAGUUUAUUAAAUGUCUUCACACCCCAGAAAACACUGGAGGAGUUCCAGGAUGUUUACUUAGUAAUGGAACUGAUGGAUGCCAACUUGUGUCAGGUGAUUCAAAUGGAAUUAGACCAUGAGCGAAUGUCUUACCUGCUAUACCAAAUGUUGUGUGGCAUCAAACACCUCCACUCUGCUGGAAUUAUUCACAGGGAUUUAAAACCAAGUAACAUUGUAGUCAAGUCUGAUUGUACAUUGAAAAUCCUCGACUUUGGACUCGCCAGGACGGCAGGCACAAGUUUCAUGAUGACUCCUUAUGUGGUGACCCGUUAUUAUAGAGCCCCUGAGGUUAUUCUGGGAAUGGGCUACAAGGAGAACGUGGAUAUAUGGUCUGUGGGAUGCAUUAUGGGAGAAAUGGUUCGCCACAAAAUCCUCUUUCCAGGAAGGGACUAUAUUGACCAGUGGAACAAGGUGAUUGAGCAAUUAGGAACGCCAUGCCCAGAAUUCAUGAAGAAAUUGCAACCCACAGUAAGAAACUAUGUGGAGAAUCGGCCCAAGUAUGCAGGACUCACCUUCCCCAAGCUCUUUCCAGAUUCCCUCUUCCCAGCGGACUCUGAGCACAAUAAACUCAAAGCCAGCCAAGCCAGGGACUUAUUGUCAAAGAUGCUAGUGAUUGAUCCAGCAAAAAGGAUAUCCGUGGAUGACGCCUUACAACACCCUUACAUCAAUGUCUGGUACGACCCUGCCGAAGUGGAGGCGCCUCCACCUCAGAUAUAUGACAAACAGUUGGACGAAAGAGAACACACCAUUGAAGAAUGGAAAGAACUUAUCUACAAGGAGGUAAUGAAUUCGGAAGAAAAGACUAAAAAUGGUGUUGUAAAAGGACAACCUUCUCCUUCAGGUGCAGCAGUGAACAGCAGUGAGAGUCUCCCUCCAUCUUCGUCUGUCAAUGACAUCUCCUCCAUGUCCACCGACCAGACCCUGGCAUCUGACACUGACAGCAGCCUGGAAGCCUCAGCAGGACCCCUGGGUUGUUGCAGGUGACUAGCCGCCUGCCUGCGAAACCCAGCGUUCUUCAGGAGAUGAUGCGAUGGAACACACACACACGCAGACACUCACGCGCACACACAAACACAGACACGCAACUAUAAGAAAAUGGCAAGGGAGAGAAUCCAAGCCUAAAAUUGAAACAAAUCUUUCAGCCUGCUUCUUCUCCAGAGUUCUGUAUUGCAGCUAAGCUAAAUGUAUAUUUAACUUCUAGUUGCUCUUGCUUUGGUCUUCCUCCAAUGAUGCUUACUACAGAAAGCAACUCAAAUACAAUUAGAAAAGCCUUUUCCAUAAAGUGUAAUUUUAAUGGCUGCAAAACCAGCAACCUGUAACUGCCCUUUCAAAUGGCAUGACAAGGUGUGCAGUGGCCCCAUCCAGCAUGUGUGUGUCUCUAUCUUGCAUCUACCUGCUCCUUUUGGCCUAGUCAGAUGGAUGUAGAUACAGAUCCGCAUGUGUCUGUAUUCAUACAGCACUACUUAGAGACGCUACUGUCAGUGUCCUCAGGGCUCUACCAAGACAUCAUGCACUGGGGUACCACAUGGUCCACUUCAUGUGAUCUAUUACUCUGACAUAAACCCAUCUGUAAUAUAUUGCCAGUAUAUAAGCUAUUUAGUUUGUUAAUUGAUUAAGCUGUAUGUCUUAUAAGAAAACAUGUAAAGGGGGAAAAUAUGGGGGGAGUGAGCUCUCUCGGACCCUUGAAGAUGUAGCUUCCAAAUUUGAACUGAUUAAAUGGCACCUGUAUACCAAUUUGUAGAAAGAACAUAUGUGAUGCUUAUGUACAGUGUGGGGGCGGGAGGGGGUAACAGUUUCCAGGUACUAAAUGGUUUGGCUUUUAGAAGGAAGGUGGGGUAAAAAGUUAAGGGUCUUUUUUCUGACACUGAGCCUGUAGGAGAGACUAGAGUGUAGCAUUUCAGUGUGGAGGAACACCUCAAAGAGAUUAUUACCCAGAUAAUAUUCUGGAGACACCGACAUCCACAGUUUACAGAGUAGACCUCAUUGUCAUUCACAAAUUAUGGGUCACAUCUGGACAGAGAGUGGCAGAGAGUGGUGGUGAGUCAGGGUUAUUGUGUCCAUAUCUGAUGGUAAGAACCCCUCCCUGGAACGAAGUGGAAUUGCCUCUGGAUGAUGUACUUAACAGAAAAUGAACCUACGUAGACUAUUUUCAGAUUGUGGGUUGUGUUUUCCAUGAGUGUGCUACUUCCCAGGUUUAUACCCUGCCAUGGUUUUAUUUUGAGAAAAAAUGUUACUUUCCUCUUCUGGAAUAAAAAAGAAAUGUUAGUUACUUAAACUUAAAAACAAACAAACCCAAAACACGGGGUGAUCCUCAGGUCAGCAUUUGAAAACAUUUCCACAGACGUUAGUAUUCCUCAGGGGUUUCCCUGACUCCUUAAUAUGGCUGAUGUUCCAUGUUUAUUUAUUUUCAUAAAUUUGAACAAUUCAAGAAGGGCUGAUAAUCUGAGUUUUGUACUGCAGUUGACGUGACAGCAAUAACUCUUCCCAUAAGUUACUGCUGCUAAAUAGCUUUAGCAAUAUGAGUUUGUCUUAAAAGCCAUGAAGCGUAUGUGUCAAUGUUUAGCAAAAUCACCUGAAUUUAGCUCAAAUCAAAUGAAAGUGCUUUCCCGAGCACUUAAGAAGGCACUGUGAAACAUCUUGGUUAUAUACAAGGCGAUACCAGGGUGACUUCUUAGCAAUAAUAGGGACCAGGUGGAGGCUUCCCUUCUUACUCACUUUGGUGAAGUACCCAUCACAGUUAUUUGCACUCUGACCGUUUUGGUGCUCACCAAUGUGGUGGUAUUUCACCUGAAGAAGAAGUGAAACACAUGAAAUGGACGGUUGAUGAGUGGGAUAUGACUGGCAAAUGGAAUCCCUUCAAAAAUAGAGCAAACAAGAAUGCUAGUGCUCUGAAAAUUGCCUUAAAUACAACAAUGGGGAAGCUUUGUCUCUUUCAAGCAAUAGAGCCAACCCCCACCAUCACCAUGUGAGCAAUGCUGCCAUUAAUGGGAUUGCUUCACAAUAGGAUUCAUGACAACAGGUCAUUUGUUUAAAAUGGGGAGAAAAAAACCCAGCCUGUGCAGCUUGUCCCCUGGAAUAAAAGUGGCCCAGCUUCUUUCUCUUGCUGCCAUUCUUUUUGAUUAAAAUUGCAGACAACUUGAUUUUACAAAUACCUCCGCAUUCACAUGGGUUCUCUCACUUUUCCUUCUGUCACUUCCCACUCCCCACUUUAAAAAAAAAAAACAAACAACUUCUCUGUAUCCCUUCUUCUUUACUUACCCCCUUUUUCUGGAUUUUUCUUUUGUUGCACCUGUGUCCUCUCUCUGUGCUUGACUUUCUAGCACAUGUGAUUAAGUGCAGGGAACAGGCAACUGUCGCAAGCAUAAUCUCAUUAGCCACAAAAUGGCAUCAAAAGACAGAAGGAAAUCUCCAGCCAGCAUCGUAGAAGUGCAUGACAGUUGGACGAUCUCUUGGGUGUGCAGAAGUGAUUUUUUUUUUUUUACUCAGAUUAAACCAAACAAGAAUCAGGCUAAUACUCCCUUGGUAUUGCUUGCCUUCCCUAAACUCCGCUAGUUUGAUCUCUCCUGUUAUAUGGCUCUUGGGAGCUUAUCACCUUUACUAGGUAUCCCUUAUGGACAAGAAAAAAUGGAACAAAUCCCUCCGAUUGAAAUAUCUGUACAAACACAGCUAAGAGUUGGGCUUCUUGAGUGCUUAUAAGAUUAGUUUUACUAGGUUAUCAAAACAAGAUAGGUCAUAGGAGAAUAAAGAGAAUUUUCAUUUCAAAAGCUCAACAUUCACCAUCUUGGGUCUACUUUAUUAUAAUACCUUCAGGAGGUGAUUCUGUUAUUAUCAAAUUUUCAGAAUGUAUUAUGUUCUGCAUUGAGUAUUUUCUUUAAAAGCAAAAACAAAAACAAAAACAAAAACAAAUGUUUCCUGUGUAGUCACCUGCUAAUUCCAAAGGACUUUCUUGCUUUUCACACAAGGAAGUGUCAAGUCCGCUGGACUAUAUUCCUGGGAGAAGUGAAAGUCCUAUCUGUGGUUGGGGUUCAUUUUGGAUAUGAGGUUGGCAGUCUGAGAGGCCUAACCUUCUGUCACUUCCUACAGGGCUGAUGGUUUCGCAGUGACCCUUAAUGAAAUAUUUUGUAGGAUUUUGUUAGAGGGAGAGCUGGAUACCCACGUGCAGGAGGAAUUAAAUUGUUGGGAGAGAGUGGCAAAACCAUACCACUCUGAUAGAUUCAUUUUUCAGUCAGUAUGUUCAUUUUUAAAAAAGAGAUGCAUUGGCCUUACAACCAAAUUUAUUCUUGUGAAAUAAGAACUGCUAAUAAUCUUGCAUCUUCAAGAAUCUGAUGACGGAGCUUUGUAGGAAUGUAUACUAGGGGUGGACCAGGACCCGGCCAAUUCCCUCCAAUUGGAGUCAGCUAUUUAAUUGAGGGCCAAGGAGGUAAUAGCUUUUCGGGUUUUUUCUUUUCAACCUGUUACCAUUAUCAGAAAAUGAUAUAUAAGGAUACUGAUAGCAGCUGACUGGUAAAUCAUAAAAUAAGCCUUGACAAAGGGAAUAAGUGGAAUAGGUAAGAAUACAUCAAUCCUUUAAUGACCUGCUAAGGGAAAAAUAAGCAAAACUGACUUUUAAAUUUUAAAUAUUCGUGCAAAAUCUAAAUUCUACAAAGUCUACUUCUUUUUAAUUCUCUUAACAUAUGACAAUCUAAAUCUUAAAAGCAUUAUGCUCUGUAAAGAAUGUUGUCAGAUAGCUUUGCUGAAAAAUUUAUCUUCUAAAGCUCAGAGAAAGGAAUAAUAUUGUCCCCAUAAUCUUUGAUCCCAAUCACUUUGGGUCUGAAGAGGGACCCCUCUCCCUGCCCACAACCUCCCCCAACAUUUUACUUGUGAGUCCUACAUUUUCUACAGGUAAAAUUAAACCAAGCAGGAAUACUCCUUUCUGUCAAAACAACAAGCAAGUUACAGUGUAAAUAGUUAUAUUAGUUAUUUUCCAUGUGAAAUAUAAGAUUUUGUGACUUCUUUUGGCACUUAGACAGUUCUUUGUCUGAAAUGGUUCAUUUUGACCCAUUUCCUUGGUCAGUCAGGCGGAAACGGAAGGCCUCUGUUUGUAAGUGGACUCCUGUAUAUCUAACUUUUGAUUAUGUGGGACCAAUGGCCAGUAUAUUCUAAAAAAAACUCCCAACCCUUGUCUAGCAUUAAACUGUUCACCUUGCCAUGUCUAUCUCGCAACAAGACCUAACUUGCACAUGCCUGUUAUUCUGCAUGAUUGGACUCAAGAGACUAUUACCAAUGAUAAGAAUUGUGCUGUGUCAGUGUUUAUAAAAUGGACUUAAAGCACACCCACAUUCAUAUACACCUCACCCUUAUAGCUCUAGGUCAACCCUGGAAGGCAAAACCAUGCAUGUCCAGUUUCUUUGCAAGGUCUUAGUGUGAGAACUAAAAGUCAGCCUGAUGGAUCAAAUGCAAUCUCAGUGAUGUUUAAUAAGGAUUUUAAAUUAUUUAAAUCAUAUCUGUGUUCCUUCUCACUCUUUUUCAUUUCUAUUUAUGCCCUUUAUCUUCAAAAUGUCGGUGGAACAAGAGGGUGAGUGGGGAGAACUUUGGCUUUUUUGGACUCUUUGUAGGUGGAUGCUGAAUCAACACAUUGUGAUUUCUGUUUCUUAUGAACUAUUAAAAACCAGAGCAAAUCUGCUUCCCUUAACAUAAAACCAAAUCAAAUCCAGA